AUGACGACUCGUGGUGGCGCGGCUUUUGGCCCGGCGGAGAUUGCAGCCAGCGCGAUGAAUGGACCCUGCGGGGAGGCGAGGAGACGGGCGAGCUGCGACGGCCGAGGAGGCCUGAGCCGCUGCGGACAGAGGCCUGCACGCGACCGGCGUCAUCGUCAAACCAAGUUUGUCGCUCCGGCGCGCAUUUUUGUCGCUUCAGUGCGCAUUUUUGUCGCUUCAGUGCGCAUUUUUGUCGCUUCAGUCCGCAUUUUUGUCGCUUCAGUGCGCAGUUUUGUCGCUUCAGUGCGCAGUUUUGACGCUUCGGUCUCAAUUACUGUUUCGGCGCGGCGGAAGGCCGCCUACUCCUGUGGCAGCUUAGGGCUCGCCCAUGCUCUCGCGCUGUCGCUGCUUGCGUGGUUGAUUGUGCCGGCACAGCACUCUGCCGCAGGCGCGGCGAUGGCAUUGGUUGACGGCAAUGGCAGUGGCGAUGGCAAUGGCAGUGUCGCCGCAAGUUUGCCUGGUGAGAAUAAGAGGCAAUGA